GUGCGCAGUGAGGCAGGCCAGCUGCGUCUCUCAACGUUUGGCGCGGGAAGUCUCGCGGGACUUGGCUGCCGGUCCCGGUGGUGCUAGCAAGCAGCGCGCGGAACGGAGCCGUCGCCGCCAUGACCUCCGCGCUGGAGAACUACAUCAACCGUACUGUUGCAGUAAUUACUUCUGAUGGAAGAAUGAUUGUGGGAACUCUCAAAGGGUUUGAUCAGACCAUCAACUUGAUUUUGGAUGAAAGCCAUGAACGAGUGUUCAGUUCUUCACAAGGAGUUGAACAAGUAGUAUUGGGAUUGUACAUUGUUAGAGGAGAUAAUGUUGCUGUCAUUGGUGAAAUUGAUGAAGAGACAGAUUCAGCACUUGACUUGGGGAAUAUUCGAGCAGAACCUUUGAACUCAGUAGCACACUGAAGAGGAGAAACACAAGGAUGCACGAGGACUUUGUAAACUUUGGCUGUAUAGAACUAUUUAAAAAACAGCAUGAAGAUUUUUACAAAUUGUUAUAACUUGGUUGGGCCACACUUUUUUGUGUGAAUGUGUUGUAGUUUGAUAUGUAAAUUAAAAUAUCUACAUUUUA